GGCGGCGGCCGGGGGGGACCUGACCUGACCUGACCUGACCUGUCCUGUCCUGUCCUGCCGCCGUGUCCCCCCCCCUCGCCUUCCUCUGACUGCGGCUGCCCGCUUAACUCUCUUCCGGACAGCUGGAUUGAAAGUGAACCACAAUGGCUGCUGUCAUCUCAGAUAGUCCUCCAAACCCAAGCUGCAAAAUCAUGACUUUUAGGCCUUCGAUGGAUGAAUUCAGGGAUUUCAACAAAUACUUAGCAUACAUGGAAUCACAAGGUGCUCAUAGGGCUGGAGUUGCAAAGGUUAUCCCACCGAAGGAGUGGAAGCCAAGAAAACAUUAUAAUGAUAUUGAAGAUUUGGUGAUUCCUGCUCCAAUUCAGCAGAUUGUCAGUGGCCAGUCGGGGCUCUUCAUGCAGUACAACAUUCAGAAAAAACCAAUGACAGUGAAGGAGUUCAAGCAGCUGGCCUACAGUGACCAAUACUGCACCCCAAGAUACAUAGAUUAUGAAGAUCUGGAGCGUAAAUACUGGAAGAACUUGACUUUUGUGGCACCAAUUUAUGGAGCAGAUAUCAAUGGGAGCAUUUAUGAUGAAGGUAUCGAGGAAUGGAAUAUUGCCCAUCUUAAUACAAUAUUAGAUGUUGUAGGAGAAGAGUGUGGAAUUUCUAUUGAGGGUGUAAAUACACCAUAUCUAUAUUUUGGCAUGUGGAAAACAACAUUUGCAUGGCACACUGAAGACAUGGAUCUCUACAGUAUUAAUUAUCUCCAUUUUGGGGAGCCGAAGUCAUGGUAUGCUGUUCCUCCAGAGCAUGGGAAACGGCUUGAAAGAUUAGCUCAAGGGUUCUUCCCAAGCAGCUCUCAAGGAUGUGAUGCUUUUCUUCGCCACAAGAUGACUCUGAUUUCUCCAUCAAUACUGAAAAAGUAUGGAAUUCCUUUUGACAAGGUUACACAAGAGGCAGGAGAAUUUAUGAUCACUUUCCCAUAUGGAUACCAUGCAGGAUUUAACUAUGGUUUUAACUGUGCAGAGUCAACAAACUUUGCCACCAUCCGAUGGAUUGAUUAUGGAAAAGCAGCAAAAUUGUGCACUUGUAGGAAAGACAUGGUGUCAAUAUCCAUGGACAUCUUUGUGAAGAAGUUUCAACCAGACAGAUACCAGCUGUGGAAACAAGGAAAGGAUAUAUACACCAUUGAUCAUACAAAACCAACUCCUGAAUCAACACCUGAAGUAAAGACCUGGCUACAGAGGAGAAAGAAAAUAAAGAACUUUCCCAGGUGCUUCCAGCACACCAGAUCGCGAUCUAAAAAGCUUAAAACUCCAGAGGACAAGAGAGUAUCUGCUAAGGUAGCUGGUGCAGAAAUCAUAGCGACUGAAGCAGCUACUGAUGGCUUCAAGGUCAGUGAAGAACCUGGAAAAAAAGUGAGACUGGUAAACACAGGAGUGCCUUCUGGGGAAGAAGAAAACCGUAGUAGAAUGCAGCUGGAUCAACAUUUAUUGGAUAAUGUCAAGGUUGCAGGAAGCAUCCAUUCAGACUCGUAUUUGAGCCCUGUUCCUGUACUAGAGAAAACAAAAAUGGAAGACGAGGACAGGACAGAUUCCAAUCAUCCUCUCUUUACAUUCGAAGAUUCUGUGGCCCGCAUACCCGCUUCUGAUAGCUGUAGAAAAGAAGAGAGUUUGAAAUCUCAGAAUCAGUCUGUUUCAUCCAUACCAUACCAUAAGUCCAAGGGACAAGCUUCUGAAGCAGAAAACCCAGAUAAGGAGGAAAAUGUCCUGAUAGAGGAUGAUGUGAGCGACUUAGAAAGUUGUGGAAAUAGCUUGGAACAUGGAGAAGUGCCCAUUGUAAAAAAGGAUGAAGAAGAUGGCAUGGAAACAUUGAGUUCAGCGGAAUUUGAAAGAAAGAAAGUAUCUAAGAGUUGGCGUCAUCCACUAAAUAAACCCCCAGCUAGAUCUCCAAUGACUUUGGUUAAACAUCAAGCAACUAGUGAUGAAGCAUGCUAUGUGUUCAUUUCUCUUCUUCUAACUUCUGCACUACUACUCACAGGUAAAUACCAGCAACUGCAAAGCCCUGCUUUUCUCUCCUUUCUUCAACUUAGAACCUUUCAAUUUUUCAAAUUCAUCCCAAAUAUCAGUGGGAUCAGUGCUUUGUUCUGCUGUCUAUGAAAAAUCCUGGUUAUGGAUUUCCCAUCCUUCCUUUUCAAAGUUACUGGACAUUUGAAACUAUAGAUAAUGCCUCCCUGGGCUGAGAUUAUGCUCAACUACCUGAAAAAUAACAGAUGCUGCUAUGCUCUUCAUAGCAGAGAAUGCUGCUGUACAAAGCCAGGAAACAUCAGUGGAACAUAACCUCCAGCAACAAAAUCAUUGUUGAGAUUGGCAAAAGCAAAUUGUACUGUAUUAGCAUCUAUGGCUUUUCACAUCUGCUGGGUUAAAUCAGCAAAUACUGGCAACAGCCCAUUCUGCAAAUGGCCCAAAUGUUUUCUGUCUGAGAAUUUAAGUUUAACUUAGUAAGCAAAAACUGUUCAAAGCAAUAGUAUUGAGUGUUGGAGCAAGUUUGCCACAAACUGUUAAACCAGUAACGUUUGUGAAAACAUUUAUUUCAUUCACUUACCCACUUGGAAAGCAGCACAGUAACUGUUUGUAAGUACUUUUGUUAUAGGAGUUUCCUUUGUGCCAAAAAAGAUUCUGGGCUAUAGUUUUCUUUUUGUCUACACAGUUUGUUUUAAUGAAUUGUUUCACUUUUCUUAAAUAUGUAAAGGGAUAGAUGCAUAUAAAUAAUGGCAUUAACGAGAACUGGUAUAUCCACAAUUACGUUACAGAGAUUAAUUAAUCCUAUAUAAAUAUUCUUUUCAGGUACAAAUAUUAUAGCAGUAACUAUUACAGAGUUUGGAAUUGCUAAUCACCUUAUAGUAUCAUUACCACUAUGGUUGAAUUAUUAAUAUGAUCCAGUAAGGUUUAUAAUAAAUUUUAUGCAUUUAUUUAAAGUCAUUAAUUGGCUCAUCAAGCGUUUCUGCUUUUCUUUUGGAAAAAAGAGCACUUGGUCUAUCCCCUUAGGAAACAAAAUAUUUAACUCAUUAUGAAUUGUAUCUGCUAAAGUAAUAUUACAACAAAACAUUAUACUUGCAGUGAAGUAAAAACGUCCUGGUGGUUCAUGCAGAAUCAAAAUCUGUGACCACUGUUAGGGGUGGCAGUGAAGAGAUGUCUUUAAAUGCAUAGGAAUAUCCUGCAUUACAUCAUCCCGUUAACACUUAUUUUUGGGCUGGUAUUGAUCCAUUUUAGACUUCAGCAUGAAUACGUGAUAUAAUUACAGCCAGAAACAUAACAGACGUUACAAGAAACAGGCUUCAUUUCUGUAAAAGUAUUUAAAAAAAAGUGCAUACUAACAGACUUGCAUGAUAAGCUCUCCUUGGGAGGCUGUAAGAGGCAGAAAUGUCAAUCUCAUUGUGUGAAGGCCACUCCACAUAGUUAUUAUCAAAGCAUACCAAAAUCAGUGAUAUAUUUAAUGAUGUGUUGAUAAGACAUUUGAAUCCAAGUAGGAUAUAUUGUCCACGUGUAUCCAGUAAAAGUCUUUGAACUUGAUUUAAACAUAUGCUCCAACUUUGAAGGUUUACAUAUUAUCCAUGAAAUUUCCGGCUGCUUUAAAGUGUAAUGCCUAACACUCUAGCAGAACUCAAGUCAGUCUUUUUACUUGUAAAUACAAUUUAAGUGCCAGUACUAAAGAACUGAAUUCUGCGUUCCUUGUACCAGAGUCUUAUACUCUCUGACUGGCUUCUUUUAGAUGUCCCAUACAAGAAGUAUUUAAUAUUUAAUACCAAAUUUACUGGAAGAUAUUUGAUGUUACAAAGGAUUUUGCAUUAGCAGAGUGAUACAGCAAUGUACUGAAAUCACAAUAUAAGCACAAUAUAGCAAUUGCAGUAUACAGUUGGAUCACAAUGUAAAUGUGAUUCCCAUUUCUCUUCUGUAUAUGCUUGCUGUCAUGAUGCUGGGUGUCACCAUUUGCUGGGAAGGAAUAUGUGGGUUGAAGUCAGCUCAAACCUGUUGCUCUCUUCAAAGUUCAUUUUGUUCAAUGUUCAGUCUUUAUACUCAGUGUUGAAGUGAGCUAUAUACACACUUACCAUAUUCUGAGCUGGCUGGCUCAGGAAGACAUUUGCAGUCUUCUGAUUAACUCAGGGAAAAACAUUUAGACAACCAGCUGAUCCAGCCAGCUGAUACAGCCAUUUAUCUAAAACAAAGGACACCCUCCAUUCCCCUUUAUGCUGAGAUAGACUUGUUUUCCUUUGCAACAGCUAUGGGCAGUCACUCCCUAGAUUCUUCCCUGAGAUUCAAAAGCACAGAGCCCUUGCACAUGUCCUCUGAGCCUUCUUCAGUUUCAGGGGUUUAUUGAUCAGUCACAUGAUGCAUGGAACAUUAAAGUGUAAACUAGAGGAACCCUGCCCUGGUUUCCAUACAAAAUAUACCUCCAUCAUCAAGAAGAUUUUCAGGAGACUGCCACUGUUUGUUAGGCAGAAUGAAGGAGUCUCUGCUUAAUAAUAGGUCCUCUUCCACAUAUGGGAUGCCCAAGAUUUCUUCUUCUCUCCUAGAAAAUAUUCAUUGAGCAUGGAGGUCCUUUUAAGUUGUUUAAAAAUAAGAUCAUCUUUGGUUUUUUUGUUUCUUUCUCUGGCAUGAGGGAAUUCUUGAAACUCUGAAUGAUAAUUCCACAUUUGUUUCCUUUGAGUAACACAUCCUGGUUAAUGAACCAAAUCUUAGGCUGUCCCUGUGGCCCUUAUUCAUUACACAGGUGUGAUGUGAAGCUUAAUUUACAGCUGGAAAGGUAGGGUGUGGUUUGAAAUUAGAUUUUAUUUUAUAAUGUAUACUUACAGUCAUGUUUUGAACUUUACAAGGAUAAUAGGUUGUAGAAGUUCUGUGAUUCUUAGUUUUGUUUCCCGGCUGUGAUUGAUCUGCCUUAGCUAUGAGUUUUGGGGGUCGUGUCUACAUAGAUGUUUCCAAUGGUACAAGUACAAGUCUUUAUUUUUCUUUCUUAUACAGUGUCCUAUUUU